CGCGUCAAGCAUACGUAUGGGAGCUGGUAUCUGUGUCUGUUUCACUCAUCUGCAAGCCUGCCUUUAGGCCUAAGCGGACUUGAAAACGAAUAAAAGUAGGCUACUUAACUAAGAACGGGUUCAACUGAUUGUUUUCAGUGGAUUGGGUGUGAAUAGAUCAUGCAUAUUUUACAUCAAGUAGGCCCAGAGCGCGUGCAAACGAUUAUUUGAAAGCCGUUUGACGCGCAGCGCCAGUUGUGGUAUUUUGGAAGGGGGUGGAGUGAGAAACGGAGCGUCGCGCCUGAAACGCAGCAUCAAGAACGAGGCUUAAAGAAAAAGAAAAACACUAAAUAUUCAAAGAAUUUCCCGGAGAAGGGAAGAACCCUUCAGGAUUUGUUUAGACGAAUAUAAAACAGAGACUGCGUAUUGCCGACUGUCCUCUCAUUUUAAAUAAUGGAAUCCACAGUUCUUGCUGUGACACUGUGUGCCACACUGCUGCGCUUGGCUUCAGGUGCAUCUUUAGUGACGUCAGAAACUGAGGCUCCACCCACCAUGACCGCUAGUCCCCGCCCCUUGGGAGAACUCAUCCAUGCUGCACUUCUGAGUAAGGAGUACCUUGGACACACCCCUGGGAGCAGAGGUACAACCACCAACCCGACCCAGGCUGUCCCGUAUGCCAGAGAAUCAGAACCCUCGACAGUGAUGUCACCAGGCAUCCUCACUACCGCAGUGACCUCAUCUGCUGCACCUCAAUCUGGCCAAUCAGGUUUUGGGAGUGGUGUGACAUCACCACCAGCUGAAGAAGAGACCACAACCACUCUAAUUACUACAACAACAAUUACAACAGUCCACACACCAGUGCAAUGUAAUGCCAGCCUGUCAGGAUUGGAGGGAAUAGUUGAGUCUCCUGAUCCUCUCUCCUCCUCAUCUUCCUUUUCCCCACUGGAGUGCACCUAUAGCAUCACUGUUUAUCCUGGAUACGGUGUUGAGAUACAGGUGAAGAAGGUAAACUUGUCCAAAGAGGAGUCACUUACCAUUCAGGAGAUGGGUGGGGCAGUUCCAGAGCUUUUGGCCAAUGAGACUCUGAUGAGAGAAGGUCAGGUGAUUCGUAGUUCAACCAAUCAAGUGCAUAUUCACUAUAAGAGCCUGAAGCGAGCAAAUCAUGGGGUGUUCAGCUUUCGCUAUCAAGCGUUCCUUCUGUCCUGCUCAUUUCCCCUCUCCCCUGAGGGUGGUGGAGUGACUGUAACUGAUAUUCACCCUGGCGGUCAGGCUCACUUCCAUUGUGAUCCAGGAUUUGAAGUCAGAGGUCACGAAGAUGCAACCUGUUUGAACUCCACUCGACCCAGAUGGAGCACCCCAGAACCCCAGUGUGUGGUUGUGUCUUGUGGUGGAUGGAUCAGAAAUGCCACUGUGGGCCGCAUCCUCUCUCCAACCCUCCCAUCUGCAAGUAACCAUAGCACUGGCAGUAACCUGAGCUGCCAUUGGCUGCUGGAGGCCAAGGAAGGCCACAGGCUCCACCUCCACUUUGAGAGGGUGGCUCUUGAUGAAGACAAUGAUAAGUUGAUAGUGCGCAGUGGGAAUAGCUCUACUGCUCCUCUUCUUUUCGACUCAGAUCUGGAUGAUGUUCCAGAGCGAGGCUUCGUAAGUGAGGGAAUGUCUCUUUAUGUAGAGCUCACCGCAGACUCCUCCUCCAUUCCUCUGCUGCUGGCAUUCCGCUACGAGGCCUUUGAUGGAGAACAUUGUUAUGAACCUUACCUGCCUCAUGGGAAUUUCACCAGCAGUGACAUCACCUUCCCACUGGGUACCAUAGUAACCUUGUCGUGCUCUCCUGGAUUUGUUAUGGAGCAGGGGUCUGGAGUUAUGGAGUGUGUGGACCCCAGUGAACCUCACUGGAAUGAGAGUGAGCCAGUCUGCAGAGCGCUGUGCGGCGGGGAGCUGACAGACCCAGUGGGAACAGUGUUGUCUCCUGAUUGGCCACAGAGCUACUCUAAGGGGCAGGACUGCGUAUGGCAAAUACAUGUCAGCGAGGACAAGCGAGUUGAGCUGGAUGUACAAAUCUUGAACAUCCGCCAUAAUGAUGUUCUCACCAUAUUUGAUGGCCAUGAUCUGAUGUCACAUGUGAUUGGACAGUACCUGGGCUCAAGAGAGAGGUUCAGGGUCAUAUCUGGGGGUUCUGAGGUCACCAUUCAGUUUCAAAGCGAUCCUGAUGACUCUACAUUUAUCCUUAGCCAAGGAUUCCUUAUCCAUUACCGAGAGUUGGAACGCAAUGACACAUGUCCUGCCCUCCCUCCUAUUGAGUUUGGCUGGAGCAGCUCCUCCCACACAUCUCUGGUCAGAGGCAGUGUGCUAACCUAUCAGUGUCAACCUGGUUAUGACAUUGUUGGCUCUGACAUCAUCACCUGCCAAUGGGAUCUCUCCUGGAGCAACAACCCACCCACCUGUGUGAAAAUCCAGCAGUGCCCUGAUCCAGGAGAGGUGGUCAAUGGAGCUCGCUCAGUACAUCCCGAGUCUGGUUUCGCUGUAGGAACGGUUGUACGCUUCACCUGUAACCAAGGAUAUCAGCUAGAAGGCCCGAGCCAGAUUUCCUGCCAUGGCAGAGACACUGGCAUGCCCAAAUGGAGUGACCGUAGCCCCAAAUGUGUCUUGAAGUAUGAUCCAUGCCCAAACCCGGGUGUGCCAGACAAUGGCUACCAGACUCUUUAUAAGCACAGUUACCAGGCAGGUGAGACUCUGCGCUUCUUCUGCUACGAGGGCUAUGAACUCAUUGGGGAAGUCAUCAUCAACUGUGUCCCAGGACACCCCUCUCAGUGGAACAGCCCACCACCAUUCUGUAAAGUGGUCUAUGAAGGGCUACUGGAUGAUCAUAAACUGGAGGUGUCUCAGUCAUUAGAGGCCUCUCAUCAAAUGCUGAGUGAGAACGUUGCAUUGGCUAUUAUCCUGCCAAUCAUUUUGGUCAUCCUUCUGAUUGGUGGGAUCUACAUGUACUACACCAAGAGUACACUAGCAUGCAGAUGGCCACAAAGUGUGUGUAGGUGGCAGUGGAAACCGAUGUUCUGGAAGUCUCUAUCUCACACCCACUCUUACAGUCCCAUUACAGUGGAGUCUGACUUUAACAACCCUCUCUAUGAGGCAGGGGACACACGAGAAUAUGAGGUGUCCAUCUGAGGCUGGAGUCUUCUAAUGUAUUCAAAUUAUGGAUGAAUGGAAAAGAGAAGAAAAGAAGGGAUACUGUUAUUUUUCUCUACGCAAGACAUUCAUUGGUUUUAUUAAAUUAAUUCCAACACUCACAUCCCACUCUACAUAGUCUCGCUCUCUCCUCCCUAUCUAUUGAUUUACUAAUAAUUUGUUUGAAAUGGGUGUUUGUUGCUUUUUUUAUGUGUGCCUGUGUAGCAUGUUUGUGGGUUGAUGAAUGAGUGUAUAUUAUUGGCUGUAUAUGUGAAUCAGAAAAAUGAAUUGGUGAAAGUAAUAACAACAUUGUUUUGAGUUCAUACAUCUGCAUAUGUUUGCAUGGAUGUGUGUGUGCCUAUGAAUGUAUAACAACAGUAUUAUAUUCACAGUCAAACAUGUUUUCUAACCAGGCAUGUUUGGUGCCUUAAGGACUGUAAAAUGGUCAAGGAGAGAAAGACAAGAAAGAGAAGACUGGGAGGGAAAAGUCUGGUUUUGCUGUAAGAAUUUUGAGAGGGAAAAGUGUGUGUGUGUGUGUGUGUGUGUGUGUGUGUGUGUGUGUGUGUGUGUGUGUGUGUGUGUGUGUAGAGAGAGAGAGAGACUUUCACAUAGGGAGUAAAGGGAGACAGUACACAAAAGUAUAUUAUCUGAUAUACAUAAACUAUAUGCUCAUGUUCACAUAUUUGUAUACAGACACAUGCAUACACACACAUGAUCACACAAACAUAUUGAAUGUAAAUAUUUUGAUUAAAUAUUGAAGCUUCUGUAUACAAAACUGAUUGAGUGCCAAAAUACAUCCCAUAAUGUGACAUCACUUCAUGUUUCACUGAUUGCCAUAGUAUUAUUAUGUAAUAAUGAGGACAAUGCCAGCAUUUCAUAUUGUUCUUUGCUGUUUCUUAAGAAUAUAUUUCUGCUUGAUGUUGAAUGACCAUGUUUCAGAGGAGCGGAAUGUCCUCUCGCUUACGGCACGCAACGAUUGUAUAUUUUACUGCUUCAGCUUAGAAUUCAUGAUCAAUUAUACUUACUGUCAUUGUUAUCAGAGUUGAUGUUGUUGCAUAUGCACUGUCGAAAAAAAUAUAUACAGAAAAAAAAAACUGCUUGCUGUGAUGCAGUAAUCGGAUUGAAAUGCUUUUUAUAAAUUGCCUUUUUUCAUUUAUCUCAUAGUUUCUUGUUAAUGCAGUGAGUUUCGUCUUUUCCACUGUGCCAUUACCAAAGCCCAUGUUGUGGAGGGCUUUGUCGCAUUCUAGUAUUACUUGAUUGUUAUUUAUUUAUCAACAUUAUAUACUUGUUAUGAAGACAUUAUUUAUUUGCUGAGAUUUACUAUUAAAUAAAAGUCUCUGUUGGAU